GUGAAGAUUCCCCGAGCACGGCAAGCACCGGGCUCAGGCAGAGCGGCUGUGCUCUGGCCCUGGCCCUGGCUCCUUCGCCAUCGUCGCCGGAGACGCCAAGCCGAGAGCGCGGAGCGGGCUGGGCCAGCUUCAAGUGGGAUGUCAUGGCCAGCUCCUCGGACAGUGAGGAUGACAGUUUCAUGGCUGUCGACCAAGAAGAAACUGUACUGGAAGGAACAAUGGAGCAAGAUGAGGAAUCCCACCCAGUGUUGGAAGUUGAAGAGACAAGACAUAAUAGGUCCAUGACUGAGCUGCCAGAAGAAGUUUUGGAGUAUAUCUUGUCCUUCCUUUCACCGUAUCAGGAGCAUAAAACUGCAGCUCUGGUCUGCAAACAGUGGUAUCGGCUUAUCAAAGGUGUAGCCCACCAGUGUUACCAUGGUUUUAUGAAGGCUGUCCAGGAAGGAAACAUUCAGUGGGAGAGCAGGACUUACCCUUAUCCCGGAACCCCCAUCACGCAGCGCUUCUCCCACAGUGCGUGCUAUUAUGAUGCCAAUCAGUCUAUGUAUGUCUUUGGAGGCUGUACUCAGAGCAGUUGCAAUGCUGCCUUCAAUGACCUCUGGAGGCUCGACCUAAAUAGCAAAGAGUGGAUUCGACCAUUGGCUUCAGGGUCCUAUCCUUCCCCCAAAGCUGGAGCCACUCUAGUCGUGUAUAAGGACUUGCUAGUGCUAUUCGGUGGCUGGACGAGACCAAGUCCCUAUCCCUUACACCAACCAGAGAGAUUCUUUGAUGAAAUUCACACAUACUCACCAUCUAAAAAUUGGUGGAACUGCAUUGUUACUACCCAUGGGCCUCCUCCCAUGGCUGGCCAUUCCUCUUGUGUUAUAGGUGAUAAAAUGAUUGUCUUUGGUGGCUCUUUAGGAUCCCGGCAAAUGAGCAAUGAAGUCUGGGUGCUGGACCUGGAGCAGUGGGCGUGGUCCAAGCCGAACAUCUCUGGCCCCAGCCCUCAUCCCCGAGGUGGCCAGUCUCAGAUUGUUAUAGAUGAUGCAACUAUCCUGAUCCUCGGCGGUUGUGGCGGUCCCAAUGCCCUGUUCAAAGAUGCCUGGCUGCUGCACAUGCACCCAGGUUCCUGGGCCUGGCAGCCGCUCAAGGUAGAAAAUGAAGACCACGGUGCCCCGGAACUAUGGUGCCAUCCAGCCUGCCGGGUGGGACAGUGUGUGGUGGUCUUCAGCCAGGCUCCUAGUGGGAGAGCACCGCUCAGCCCCAGUUUGAACUCUCGCCCAUCACCCAUCAGUGCCACUCCUCCAGCCCUGGUUCCUGAAGCCCGAGAGUACCGCUCCCAGUCCCCAGUGAGGAGCAUGGAUGAAGCUCCUUGUGUCAAUGGCCGCUGGGGAACACUGAGGCCCAGGGCUCAAAGGCAGACUCCUUCAGGUUCCCGGGAAGGGAGCCUCUCCCCAGCCAGAGGAGAUGGCUCUCCCAUCCUCAAUGGUGGAACCUUGUCUCCAGGAACAGCAGCUGUCGGGGGUGCUUCCUUAGACAGCCCUGUACAGGUAGUAUCUCCAAGCACUCCAUCUGCCUCCGAAGGAUAUGACCUAAAAAUGGGACUUUCUCUAGCCCCCCGACGAGGGUCUCUACCAGAUCAGAAGGACUUGAGGUUAAGUUCCAUUGACCUGAAUUGGGACCUGAAGUCUGCUUCCAAUAGCAGUCACGUGGAUGGUACAGACAACAGGACAGUUGCAGGGGGGAGUGUGAGACACCCUCCAGAACAGACCAAUGGUGUUCACACCCCACCACAUGUGGCCAGUGCCCUUGCAGGGGCUGUAUCCCCCAGUGCCCUGCGGCGGAGUUUGGAAGCCAUCAAAGCAAUGUCAUCCAAAGGCCCCUCAGCAUCGGCCACACUAAGUCCUCCUCUUGGGUCUUCUCCAAGCUCUCCUGGGAGUCAAAACCUGAGCAGUGGAGAAACAGUACCCAUCCCCCGCCCAGGACCAGCCCAAGGAGAUGGUCAUUCUUUACCCCCCAUUGCUCGCCGUCUGGGCCACCACCCUCCACAGUCCCUCAAUGUUGGCAAACCCUUGUACCAGAGUAUGAACUGUAAGCCCAUGCAGAUGUAUGUUCUGGACAUUAAAGACACCAAGGAGAAAGGCCGGGUCAAAUGGAAAGUGUUUACUAGCAGUUCUGUGGUCGGACCUCCGGAGACUAGCCUGCACACAGUGGUGCAGGGCCGAGGAGAGCUUAUCAUAUUUGGAGGGCUCAUGGACAAGAAGCAGAAUGUGAAGUACUAUCCAAAAACAAACGCCUUGUACUUUGUGCGAGCAAAGAGAUAAUGUGUUCAAAAUCCCUUUUUGUUUGGAAUAUUCCAGUGUACAAGCAUUUGGACUGAGACUUGGGGAAAACAACAUGACUCCCACAGACCAAAACUCCAAUUCCAGGCCUAACUCACUCCAGGCUUGGAUCAAAUCUUCAUUAAGGAAAAGAUUAUAUAUAAAUAUAUACAGAUAUAUUAUAUACCCAACUCUGUUUACAAGUAAAGGUGAAACCUUCGUCCUGGUUCAGAUGAGCUGUUGCGGAGGCUGUGCUGAUAACCAGACCAGUAAGUUAGGGAAAGACAAACAGCAUUAACUUCCCACGAGAAGCAAGCUGAGAGCCCCUGUGAUCUCUGUGGCCUUCUCAGACAGAUGCCGCGCUGCAGGGUCAAAGUCAGUUAACAGAAAAAAUUCUUCCCCCUCCUGUUUGAACCACAGAGGACCUGUGAUGGCUCUGUAGAAGCACCCUGUGCCUGGUCCUUCUGUGAUCCAGAGAAGUCACCCAACAAGAAAUACUGUUCCCCACAUGCUGGAGUCAUGGUGAAACAAUGUUUAGAGAGCCGCCAUCCGUCUGCCUCCUUCCUGUCCAUCGGUCCUUUGAGUUCUCCCUACAUCUCUCAGCAAACAUGCAGUGUCCAAUUAUGAGAUUUUUCCAACAAUCGUGUUUGGUUGCAAGUUGCCAAAAAACAUACUGUUUUCCUUUUAGAAUUGGGUCCUCAGAGGCCCUUUUCUGUCUGUAGGCUGCUCCCCUGCCCUUCAGUGGCUUGCUUUGGUUUGGGAUGUUUUGUUUCACUUUUUGUUUUGUUUGGGGCAUUUGGUCUUUUUAAAAAGCAUCAGGACUUCCAUUGCUCCAGCUUCUCUUACAAAACUCCAGUGUCUGUAGAAGUCAGAUGUUCUCAAGCCUUCCACCGCAGUGUGGGGGUACACACCUGUGACCCUAACACUCAGAGCAGGGGCCGGAUGAUGGGGCUAGCCUGGGUUAUAUGAUGAGACCCUCUCUCAACAAAACAAAAUAAAAUUAAGAUACCAAUAACAUUAAAACAAAACAAAACUCAGAAGCAUCAGAAGACACCCCACCCACCCUAGGCAGGGUCUCACUAUGUAGCUCACAAAGACUCUCCUGCCUUCGCCUCCCGAGUGCUGGGAGGAAUGACACGUGCCACCAGGCCCAGCCCCAAAGUUUCCUUUUUCUCUAUGUGUUUUUUUUAAUCUCCAUUGCACUGAGCACACCUGUCCCUAUUGGUAAAGUGUAGGAGUUGGUCUUAAAGGCGAAUCUGGGAACGGUUCCUCCCAGAAAGGGUCUCCUGACUUGUGACUGUGCUGUGCUGUUGGCGGGUUGAGUAUCACGUCCUAGACACUUGGAGGUACACUUGGAGAUGACCUGGGGGCAGCACUGUCCUUCCUGCUCUCUUGUUUGCACCUAAGUCCCCAGCAGGCUUUGUUUGUACUUUCACUUCAGUCCAGAUAAGUGCAACCCCCAGGAGAGGGCUCACGUUGUUCAGAGGGCACCAGAAAGGACUAGACUUGAAGCAUAGCCUGUGCAUAGGAGAUAGCAUAUAAGAUUAUUUUAAAUGGCCAUGCAACUCUGAAUUUUGGUGGCUUCUUGUCAGUGGUGAAGGAUUUUCAUUUUGCCUUUAAAACCAAAACUGAAACAAUGAAAGCAUUUCCCACCCCACCCACUCUCCUUUUUUCUUGUCAGCAUCUCCCAGACACAAGCCCACUGCUGCUGUCCCCACCUGUCUGAGAGCUGGGUCUGCUUCAUGCUCAGUCUUCCCUUAGCCAUUCGCUCUGCUCUGGUGGUCUCAGCAGGAAAGCCCCUGUGGGAGCCCAGGGAAGGUAUGUGCUCUGGAGCUGCUCCCGAGCGAACACCCGUGUGCCUACAUCUGUGUGUCCCACUGCUCUGGCUCCCUGCCUUGUUGCUUCUGCCAGUCCUUUGGCCGAGACUGUUUGAUCCUGUGGGGCCCUGCCUUAUGAGGCGAGGCCAGCAGAUGAGCAACCUGGUGUUACUGAACCUUGGCUGUGAUAUUUACGUGUGGACGGUGUCCCUGGGCUUGGUUUCUACUUAAAUACCAAGUAUUUCGACAUUUGGAAGUUUAAAAUCUCCACUUUGUAGUCUUUCUUUUUCCCCUGUGGCCUUCCUAAGCUGGCUGUCAACUGUUGAUUCUCCUACUUUUCCCAAGUAGGCAGGCAACAGAAAUAUUAACCUCUUUGAAAGCAAUGGGUUCCUCAGAACUCUGGGGUCCUGGGGCUGCCCGCACUGCUGAGAGCCCGGUGUCUGCAGUCCCUCCAGAGGAAACAGAGCCUUGUGUGCACCCAGCAGUGCAGGACUCGGUCAUCCCUGAGCUCUGUGGAUGUGUGGCGUGGGAAAGUGACUCCACAGUGACGAUGGUGUCUCCACAGAGGUCGGCAUUCCCACAACACCGUUAGUUCAAAUUUAACCACAACUCCUUUUUUUUUGACACGAUACCAAUUUUGUCUUAAAAUUCACUGAGAGACAUGAGACAAAAUAUUUUGUUUGAACCCUCAGGAGCACCUAAAGCAAAUAUUUAUCAGUAUUUAAGUAUUUAAAAUACAUCUUGUUUCUACUUGAAGCUUUAACCCUUUCCAUUCCUACAAGUGUGCCUUGGAGAGCCCUCGGUCAUACUAACUUCAGUCAUUUCGCUGGCCUCUGCUGUGUUCUGGGCACUGCUCCGCUCCUGCACAGAGCCCCUGUUCAUUACCCACACCACACAGCAGAGAGCUUUUGUUUUCGUUCCUCUUUCCACCUUUCUUCCUUGCUUGGGGUGAGCACGUCACAACCCCACCUCCCGCCACAUUUUGAGAUCACCAAGGUGUAGAAAGAGUUUUGUUUAAAGUAAUGCUGGAGCUUGCGCUCCUCCCAGCUCUGUGGGUUGAUUGACUUUAAUGUUUGAACCACCACAAACUGUGGAAGAGCGGCCUUGGAACUCCUUAAAUACAGCAGAGAAGAGGAGGAAGCCGCAUUGCAGGAACAGCCACUGUCAACAGAACAAGGGGGUCCUCCCUUCCUUUACCAUAUCUUUCUGGGUUCGUUCUGCUUUGCUUUUCCCCUUCAAAGUGAAUCACCUGCUUGGUAUGUCCGUCUGUCUGUCCUUGUCCUCAUGGUGACCCCAGCAUGGUGAUGUACUCCGCUUAGUGUUAUCUCACCAGCGCAUACGAUGGUGGAGAGGAGCUGAAGGGGGGCCAGGAAAGGAAACCUGGCCUCGGGUACUGCGUACAGCAUGUUCUGCUGCCACCAUUGGUGGCCUCUCACCACCGUCCUUAUGGAUGAAAGUCAGCCUGCCUGACUCCACUGUACUUGCUCUGCUCGCUCUGUCCCCUUCUACCAACCAGGGCUCAUGUCAGUGCGCACCCACCGUGCCCUGGCGAAGCUGGUGCUGUGAGUGAUGUUUCCAUACCACUCAGGGGUGCCAGGUGGCUCACCCUGAUCGUCAUUUUAGGCACAUUACAGUGUAGGAAUGAAAAUGGAACCCAUGGAUAUUUAAAUCUGUCAAUUUCAUUUUUGUUAAUGUUUUCCCCUGAUGACUUUUUAGCAGUUUAACAAAUAAAACAAAAAUGGACUGA